GCUCCAUUAUUUCCUGCAGCACAGAAUUCAGCAAAUCACUGUGGACUUCAGAAAGAGCAACAUUCAAUGCAGAAUCAGUGAAAUUCUUCCAUUCCUGAACAGGAUUCAGUUUAAACGGAUGAGCUCUGCCUUCAUGCUGUGUGCAAUCAGAGAGAUCUAUGAGUCCGGCUCUGCUGAGUUUGUGUCCAGUCUGUUGAGUUCAGUGAAGAGCUACAUUAACCUGCAGAGCAGAGAUCUGGACUCUGUUCACUGUGCGGCCCUGUGCUUCACACUGCAGCACUGCACUGCAGCUUCACUCAACCUGCUCUGGACCUCCAUACCAGAGGAAGAGCUGCAGAGCAUUCUGCCUCUCUUCACACACCUCUCCCACCUCAGUGUUGACAGGCUGCUGUUACUGAAGAUGCUUCACUGCUGCAGUGUCUCUGAUGUCCAGCAGGAGGCAGCAGCUGUUCUGCUCUCGAUCCUUCAGCACAAGCUGGACUUCUCCUGCCGCUCUGCUCUGGAUCUGACAGCAAACACAGACUCAGAGCCUCUACAUCUGACCGCUGACGACUGCCGUGUGAUGUCCAGAGUCAUUCAGAGAGCUCACUCAGACACAAAGACACGGCUGAUUCUGCAGGACUGUGAGAUUCAUACAGCUGGAAUGGAUCAGCUGUUCCCAGUGUUACAUUCUGUUCAGCUCUGCUGUGAUAAACCUCUGCUGCUUCAGUUUCUGGCUCAUGUGAGGCCUGAGGAAGCGCAGUCUCUCUCUGGAGCUCUGGGUGAAGAGCUGGAUCUCAGUCAGACUCAGCUGUAUCUGCAGGUCUGUAGAGGUCUGGAGCUGAUUCUGGAAUAUUCUGAAGGACUGACAGAACUGGAUCUGAGUCAGUGCCGUCUCACCGAUCACAGCCUGGAUCUGCUGCUCCCAAACCUCCACAAAGUGCAAAACAUUGAUUUUAGUGGCAAUAGCAUCACUGACGCUGGGGCUGAGAAAAUCAACAGGAUCGUCACUCGCAACAGUAACAUAAAGACAGUAAGGCUCUUCAACAACAGAAUUGAAUCCAGAGAGCUCUUCAGGACAGACCCCCGAUUUGAGAUCUGGUGAUGCCAGUAAACUCUCUCUGGAAUCAACAAACAGAGGGCAGCAACAAGAAAAUCCACAGCGAAUGUGGCAAGGAGGAGAUAGACAUGAAAACAACCAAAAGAAAGAGCAAGUGCAUUUAUACCAUUGAUUAGCUAAUCUUCCCCUCUUCAUCCUAAAGAAGAGAAAUAUAAUUUGCAAGCAGGCAGUGUUUGACUGUCUGAACUCUGUUUACUGUAAACACAAUACAAGAGAGACAUUAUACUGAGGACAUCAAACUUACCUCCUUCCUGUGACUGAAAUAAAAAUGAGAAUUUUUGUAUUGAAUCCUGUGUAGAGUUCUUGGCCAGUAUGAAUCUGUGGGUAUGAUCAUAAACUGUUGAACUGUUACUGUAAUGAAUUGAAAUAAAUAAAUAAUAAAUAAAU